AUGCCGUCUUUCAUGAAGCUUGCUGCUGCGGCUCUCGCCGUGGCUGCCCCUCUCGUUUCGGCUCAGACUUACUCUGACUGCGAUCCGUUGGAGAAAACAUGCCCUGCGAACAAGGGUUCGACUGAGUCCAACCUUCACUUUGACUUCACCCAGGCUAGUGCCCUCGACCAGUGGAAGAUCAGUGGCGGCAAUGUUCCCACUGGCUCCAAGGGUGCCGAGUUCACUAUCAACAAGGAAGGAGAUGCUCCUACCCUCGUUAGCGACUUCUACUUCUUCUACGGCGAAUUGUCCAUUGAGAUGCAGAGUUCUCCUGGCCAAGGAAUUGUCAGCUCCGCCUUUUUGCAAUCUGAUGACAAGGAUGAGGUUGACUGGGAAGCACUGGGCACAAAGUCCAACACCAUUGAGACCAACUACUUCGGAAAGGGUGAUACCUCCACCUAUGACCGUGAGACUUGGGUCCCCGUCACCGCCCCUCAAGAGACUUUCCACACCUACACCAUCAAGUGGACCAAGGAAACUAUCAGCUGGUUGAUCGAUGGUGCCAAUGUCCGCACUCUCAACUACAACGAUGCUCAGGGUGGCGCUCGCUUCCCUCAGACCCCUAUGAACAUCCACGUUGGUAUCUGGGCCGGUGGUGCUCCUACCAACGGCCAGGGUACCAUUGACUGGGCUGGUGGUUUGACCGACUACUCCAAGGGUCCCUACUCCAUGUACAUCAAGAGCAUCAAUGUUAAGAACGACAACCCCGCCGAGUCCUACACUUGGUCCGAUAAGUCUGGCUCCUCCGACAGCAUCAAGUUCACCGGCUCCAACGCCGUGACCUCGCGCAGCACCACCACCGAUGCUGCCACUAGCUCUUCUUCCGAGGCUGCCUCUUCAACCACUGAGUCUCCUUCCACCACCACCACUGUGUCUCCUUCCACCACCGAGAGCACUUCCAGCGCCGCCACCACUCUGGCUACCAAGACCUCCAGCUCCUCGUCUGCCGCGUCCACUGCCGAGUCCUCCGCUGGGUCCACUGCCGCCUCCAGCUCUGGUGCUGCCAGUGCUUCCAGCUCUGGUGCCUCCCCUAGCGGCUCUAGCAGCUCUGGCUCUGGUUCCAGCUCUAGCUCUGGUGCCUCCCCCAGCGGCUCUAGCAGCUCUGGCUCCGGCUCCGGCUCCGGCUCCACUUCCAGCUCCCCCUCGGGUUCUGGCUCGUCCACCAGUGCCAGCGCUAGCGCCAGCCCUAGCUUCAACGCAGCUGUCUCUGUCGCUGCCAGCUACUUGGGACCUGUCUCCCUCCUGGGUCUGGUGACCGCCAUGCUCCAGCUGUAA